GAGGUGCACCAGGUGUCUGACGAGACUGAACUCUGAAGUCUGAACUCGCGAAAGGUAAACUAAACUGGGCAUCCCACCACCAGCUGCUACAGGCUGCAUCACUCGAUCGAGGAGAAGAGCCGAGCUGAGGCGAAGGCGACGAGGAUGGCAACGACCAGCGCCUGCUGCUACCGCCCGCUCUCCGCGCCGCCGCUCCACCGCCGGCGCGGCCCGCCGCCGCAGCAGCAGCAGCUGCGAACCGCAGUGGGAGGGCCACGGCCACGGCCGAGCUUGCAGGUUGCGGCGGCGGCGGCGACCGGCGGUGGGCAGUCCGUGAAGGCGGCCACGGACGCCGAGUUCUUCCAGACCUCCGACACAAGGCCCAUCAUGCUCUUCGACGGUGUGUGCAACCUCUGCAACGGCGGCGUCCGGUUCGUCCAGGAGCAUGACCCCAACAGAAGCAUCAGGUAUAUCCCGUUGCAGAGCGAAUCCGGGAGGAAGCUCCUUCAGAGGUCAGGGAGAGCCCCUGAUGACAUCUCGAGUGUGGUUCUUGUCGAGAAGGACAGGUCCUACAUCAAGUCUGAAGCAGUGCUGAGGAUAAUGGGGUAUCUCAACCUGCCUUUUCCUCAGCUAGCCACCUUCCUCAACUUUGUCCCUCUGUUCCUGAGGGACUUCGCGUACGACAAUGUUGCAGACAACCGGUACGCAGUGUUUGGUCGCUCGGAGUCAGAGUCAUGUGAGAUAUUGUGAAAUGCCAAUCGCAACCCAUCGAUACUUUGUUAAUACAUCACAUAGUAGGAGUUUGUAAUCAAACUUAGUUUGGUUUACAAGGCAAUCAUCCAAGGAAGAACUGUACAUAGCAGUAUGUCUAAAGAUGGUAACAGCGUGGAGCAUUAGCUGCCAAGGUUUAUGAAAAAACAACUUUUGGUACCA